GCUCUCACUACCAAUCCUCCCCAUGCAACUGCUUGAAACAACAUUGUAUGAAAACGGUGAACUGUUCCUCCUGGACAGGCAUUUGGAGCGAAUGAAGCAGUCGGCUGCUCAUUUCUCGUUUCCGUGGCCCGGAGACCAAUUCAUCGUUGAUUCACUGUUGAAAUCGCUUCAAGGUUGUGAUCGUGCACGCGUACGCUGGACACUUUCUGAACAAGGAGAGGUCGAGGUCACGACAGCAAAUGCACCGACCGCCUCAUCCCAGCCUUCGUACAUUCUCAUUCUUGACUCGCAACCUAGUCCGUGCAAGAACAACAAGUACUGCAGCAACAAGACGACUCAGAGGGACAUUUACACACGCGCCUGUGAACGCCAAAACAUCAAGUACGCGGACGCUCAAGAUGUCUUGUUGUUCAAUGAAGACGGGUUCGCUACGGAGGGAAGCAUCUUCAACGUCGCUUUUUACCGUAACGGACGCUGGCUCACUCCAAGCAGCGACCAAGGUCUUCUGGAAGGAACAAUGCGUGCUAGCCUGCUGCAGCAGAAUAGGGUGGAAGAGGACAAGACACACGAAUUACACAACUCAAAGCUCAUGAACGGUGAACCAGUACUACUAUUCAAUUCUUUUAGGAAAGUAUGCAACGGUUUUUUGAGAAUAAAUUCAUAGAAGCAUCCUAAGAGGAAGGGUUCAUCUACGACAGUUAGAUUAAUGAAAUAAAUACGAAGAACGACAUGUGAACCAAGAUGCCAGAAACAUGUGAAUCGCU